UGCAGCCAAAGUGACGUAUGCGGUCGACGAAUGCGUCCUACACGGAUGCAGUUCCACUGAAUUGAGACACACCCCAGGUCAUUGUUGUGGCUGCAGACCGAAUGAAGAGAAAACACAGCGAGCAGGCUAAACCGUCUGCUUAUUUUAUCGCGUGAAUAACGAGAUCAGUCACCAUGACAACCAAGCGAGGACUGAUAACGGAUUCAUUCAAGGUGGUGAAGAAAGCAGGGAAUAGGGCGAAACGAGAGAAGAAGCCCAGUGCUCCACCAGCGCAGGAAGAACCUGAAACUGCGACGGUCCAAGAGGAGGAGCUACAGAGACUGCAGCAGUUUGAUCUGGACUGGAGAUUUGGGCCAUGCACAGGAAUCAGCAGGCUACAGAGAUGGGAGAGAGCCAAGCUUCAUGGUCUGAGCCCCCCGGAGGAGAUCAGAUACCUUCUGCUGCAAACUGGGUACAACCUUAGCCUGUGGAGUUUAUAUCCUUUGUGAAGAAGCGGGAGAAUAAUGCAGAUUCCAACAAAAGUCAAGUUUAUCAUAUAACACCCCAAACGACCGUGUGUUUCGUAGAGGGAUUUACUUUAAUCCUUGAGCCACAAAAGAAGUCUGCAAAAAACUUUUAACAGGGUAAGGUAUUCAAAAAGGGAAACCUGAAGAAAGGCAACCGAGAAGGGCUUAGCAAUGGAAGAAAAUUCACUGCUUUGCUCUACAAGUUUUUCUUCACAUUUUAUAUUAAAAUGUAAUUUUUACAAAAAUGACUCUUCUUUUAUCUUGUGAUGGAGUGAGGGGUUAACAGAUUCUCGACACAAACCACAAUGUGCUACACAUUCAGAUUAUUUGAUGGCUUCUGAUAUCUACACACUGACAUACAUUUAACUCAGUCUUUUUAUAACUGAAUCAAUCAUAGCAGAAAUGCACAGAUCGGAGAGUUCAGCAAUCAUCAGUUAUUCUGUGAUGGAAUAUAGCAGGGGAUGUGGUUAUCGAAAUAUAUUCCACAUGAAGCUUUAUUUUAAGUUUAAAGGGCUUAGUUUUUUUGAAAAUUGUACUGGAACUCCUCUUUAAUGGCUCUCACUGGUUUGUGUCCAGGGAACACAACAAAAAUCUUGAAGAGCGAGGCUCACUUUUCCCACGGCUCAGCAUACAGUAGCUUUACGAAUAUUCUCUGCAUUACCAAUGUUGUAAAGGAAACUGUAGUAUUACGUUUUUUUGCAAAAAUCUGCUCGGAUGUGAGAACAUGGUUGUAUGAGAACAGAUGAGGUUAUGUAUCUAUUUGAUGGACUGUGAAGAACAAUACCGUUCAAACACGUUAUCUGGAAAUAACAAUAUAUCUAAUCAGGGCCUCACCGACUACUGGCCCCGACUGGUUGACUGACUGACUAACAUCACCUUGUAAGUCCAUAACAUUCUUUUUUUACUGUUCCUGGAAAGGGAAUAACUACAAAAAAAGAGAAACCUGAGGCGGAUCCUUUUAUUUUGUUGGAUAUUUUUUUGUGUGGAUUGCUCUAUUCUUUUUAGAUUUCUCUUUUUUUGGAAGGUGGACAAUACAUUUUCUUUGUUAUGCUUGGCUUACCUUUUUGUGUAAAUAUAUGAACAUUUUCAACUGAAUCUUGGACUGUGUGUUGUGCUUUGUUGGGGUUAUUCUUGUGACUGUUUAAUGGGUUGAGGGUGUACAUUUUAUAGGUACGCGCUUGUGUGGUUUUGGACGGAGAUCCCAAAAAUAAAACUAAAAAUACGAUGA